AAAAUAAACAUAAAUAAAAGGGCAUGCUUAUGACAUUCCCUCCGAUCGCCACAGAACCUCUAAUCCGCCAUGACGACGGCAAUGUGGUUCACUCCCUCAUUCACGCGCCACCCAACCUCCAUCAUCAACUGCACCUACAACCAUCACCACGCGCUCGACGCCUCCUACGUCAAACGCGCCGCCGAUUUAUCUGAUAAGUCCGCCUGUUUCACCUCGCCACACCCUAACUUCGGUUGCGUCAUAGCAACCGCCAGAAACGUCGUCGGAGAAGGUUACCUUUACGCGCAAGGUACGAAGCCUGCGGAGGUUCAGGCGGUUGAGGCCGCCGGAGAGUACUGCCGUGGCGCCACUGCGUAUGUUAAUAUGGAACCUGGAGACUGUCAUGGCGAUUUUACUGCUGUUUCUGCUUUUAUAAAGGCAGGAAUCACUAGAGUUGUUGUCGGGAUCAGACAUCCUUUACAACAUCUUCGGGGAAAAGCUAUUCAAACAUUAAGAACUCAAGGACUGCAGGUUGAUGUUCUUGGGGAAGAUAUUCCAAGUAUCUCCAUCCAGGACGCUCUAAAAUCAUGUCUCGUUGUCAAUGCUCCUCUGCUAUAUAGAUCAGCUUGUCGAGUCCCAUUCUCUGUUCUCAAGUAUGCAAUGACCCUUGAUGGAAAAAUAGCUGCUACUAGUGGGCACUCAACAUGGAUAAGUAGCACAAAAUCAAGAUCUCAUGUUUUUGAGUUACGCGGUAGAAGUGAUGCAGUUAUUGUCGGAGGAAGUACCGUACGCAAAGAUAAUCCACGGUUAACUCCAAGACAUGGAUCAGGUGGACAUUUACCUAUGAGAAUUGUCAUGUCACAAACUCUUGAUCUUCCUGAGGUUGCAAAUCUUUGGGAUGUCAGAGAAGCACCGACAAUAGUCGCCACUCAGAGAGGUGCAAGAAGAAGUUUCCAGAAGUUUCUUGCAUCAAAAGGUGUUGAAGUAGUGGAGUUUGAUAGCCUGAAUCCCAAAGAUGUGAUGGAUUACCUUUAUGAUCUUGGAUAUCUUUCAAUUCUAUGGGAAUGUGGCGGGGCAUUAUCUGCAUCCGCUAUUUCAGCUGGUGUCAUACAUAAGGUGCAUGCUUUUGUUGCUCCGAAAAUAAUUGGUGGAAAGAAUGCGCCUUCGCCUGUUGGGGAGCUUGGAAUGGUUGAAAUGACACAGGCUUUGGAGUUGAUUGAUGUUUCUUAUGAGCAGAUAGGAUCUGAUGUGCUUAUAAGUGGUUAUCUGCAACCUAUUCCUGAUAUGACGCCUGUGAUUCCGUCGGUUGAUGAAACCUUGGCCAUUGAUCCAUCUUUAUCUCCUUAUGAUUCACCAAUCAUAUUCUUCUACAAGACAUGGGACCCAUAUGGGAGUUUCUCCAACUUUUCAUCUCAUCCAAUCAGAUUACCUGAUGAGAAUGGUGACUGUGUCACUUGGUCAAGUGUACAGCACUAUUAUCAGGCACAAAAGUUUGUGGGGUCAUGCAAUCCUAAUGCAAGAAAUUACAUUGAAGUAAUACGUUCAGCCAAAAGUCCUGAAGAAGCGGCGCAGAUGGGAAGGAGAACACAAAGGGAGCACCCAGAUAUGGUAAGGGCUGAUUGGGAAAGCAUGAAAAGAGAGGUGAUGUAUAAAGCAUUAAAAUGCAAAUUCUCAAUUUACCCACACUUGAAUUCAAUGCUUUUAUCAACGUCAGGUUCUAUAUUGGUCGAAGCUUCGCCUCAUGAUCUCUUCUGGGGUAGGGGCCGUGAUGGUGAAGGUCUCAACUAUUUAGGGCGGUUACUUAUGAAGUUAAGAUCUGAGUUUCUAGGUGAUGAUGACACACAUAAGCUUGAGAUACUGCAGGGUAUUGAGAAUUUCAACAAUAUAAACAUUUAAAUUGGUGUUGUUUCUUGUGUUGUUAACAUAAGUUAGUAUUUUCUUUUGCAUUGUAUUUACACCGAUGAAUAAUGUAUACGAAAACAGAUGUUAUACUUGAAUACUUGUUUGCAGUUCAGAUACAA